CGUACGGCUCCCCAUAUGAUUGUAUGGCAGCAGGCAGCCAGCAGUGUGCAGAGCCCGGACACACACACACAGAUCGCCGGGAUCCAGGGAUCGGGAGAGGAAAGGAGGGACACAAGUUUCCUGUGAGCGGGGAAGCCGGCUAUCAGUCUGACAUUUGGGAGGGUGGAAUAUGCCCCUGGGACAUGUAAUUGUGGAGAGGAUCUAACAUGACCUGCAGCAUGUGUGGAACUGGUGGGAGGACUGUCUACCUCGGAUGGAUGGGCGCCCUGUGGGCACUGGGCACACUUCAAGCAGUUUGCAGCCAAUCAGUGUGUACCGGAACAGAGAACAAACUGAGCUCCCUUUCUGACUUGGAUCAGCAGUACAAAGCCCUGCGCAAGUACUAUGAGAACUGUGAAGUGGUCAUGGGAAAUCUGGAAAUUACCAGCAUUGAACAUGGACGGAACCUCAGUUUUUUAAGGUCCAUCCGAGAAGUGACAGGAUAUGUCCUUGUGGCUCUUAACCAGUUUGAAUAUCUCCCACUUGAAAAUCUGCGCAUCAUUCGUGGAACCAAACUGUACGAGGAUCGUUACGGACUGUUCAUCUUCCUGAACUACUUAAAGGAUGGAAAAUACGGACUUCGUGAGCUUGGACUGAGAAACUUGACAGAGAUUCUGAAUGGAGGAGUGUAUCUGGACCGCAAUGAUUUCCUGUGUUAUGCAGACACCAUAAACUGGCAGGACAUUGUUCGCAAUCCGAAUGCUACCGUGUUCCCGAUGAGCAGGAAUCCAAAUUGUGGGAAAUGUCCGAAAGCAUGUCCUGACCAUUGCUGGGGCCCAAAUGAACCUCAGUGCCAAAGAUUGACGAAGAUUGUGUGCGCUGAACAGUGUGAUGGCCGCUGCUAUGGACCUUACGUUAGUAAUUGCUGUCACCGGGAAUGUGCUGGAGGCUGCUCUGGACCUAAAGACACUGACUGUUUUGCCUGCCUGAAAUUUAAUGACAGCGGAUCUUGUGUCACCCAGUGCCCACAGCCCAAUAUAUACAAUCCAACUGCCUUUCAACUUGAGCAAAAUCCUAAGGCCAAGUACACCUAUGGAGCAUUCUGUGUCAACAAAUGUCCACAUAACUUUGUUGUGGAUGACAGUUCAUGUGUGAGGGCUUGUCCCAGUAACAAGAUGGAAGUAGAAGAAAAUGGAAUCAAAAUGUGUAAGCCUUGUGCUGGAAUCUGCCCGAAAGUGUGCGAUGGAAUCGGGACAGUGUCCCUAAAAACCUCUCAGACUGUGGAUUCCAGCAAUAUUGACAAGUUUAUAAACUGCACCAAGAUUAAUGGAAAUCUCCUUUUCCUGGUGACUGGCAUUGAAGGGGAUGCAUAUCACAACAUAGCUGCGCUGGAUCCGGAGAAAUUGAAUAUCUUUCGCACUGUUAGAGAAAUCACAGGUUAUCUUAAUAUACAGUCCUGGCCAAAGAAUAUGACAGAUCUUAGUGUCUUUUCCAACCUGGUCAGCAUUGGAGGUCGGGAUUUAUACAGUGGGAUUUCACUGCUCAUCCUCAAGCAGCAAAGUCUUACUUCUUUAAAACUCCAGUCACUGAAAGAGAUCAGCGCGGGUAAUGUGUAUAUUACUGAUAACCACAACCUCUGCUACUACAAUACCAUCAACUGGACUUCACUGUUCAGGACAACCAACCAGAAAACCACCAUCCGGGACAACAAAAAAGCUGAAAACUGCACUGCUGAAGGAAUGAUGUGUCAUCCUCUUUGUUCUGCUGUUGGUUGUUGGGGACCUGGGUCAGAUCAGUGCCUGUCCUGCAAAUACUUCAGUCGAAGCAAAUCAUGUGUUAGAUCCUGCAACCUUCGCUCAGGGAAUCUUCGGGAGUUUGCCAAUGGUACUGUCUGUCUCAACUGUGACAGCCAAUGUGAGAAGAUGGAAGGAGGUGUAUCUACCUGUUAUGGACCGGGGCCUGAGCACUGUGCAAAAUGCUCAAAUUUUAAAGAUGGUCCCAACUGUGUGGAAAAAUGUCCAGAAGGUCUUCAAGGAGCUCACAGCUUCAUCUUUAAAUAUGCAGAUGAGGACAGAGAAUGCCGUCCAUGCCACCCAAACUGUACCGAUGGGUGUAGAGGACCCCGUAUAAAGGACUGCAUUGGAAUCAUAGACAGUUCCUUUAAUCAUGCUAGAACUCCCCUUAUCGCUGCCAGUGUCAUUGGAGGCCUCUUCAUUAUAGUCAUCAUGGGUCUAACCUUUGCUGUCUACGUCCGUCGAAAAAGCAUCAAAAAGAAGAGAGCCUUGCGCCGGUUUUUAGAGACAGAGCUAGUGGAGCCACUGACACCAAGUGGAACGGCACCAAACCAAGCCCAGCUAAGGAUAUUAAAGGAAACAGAACUAAAGAGAGUAAAAAUCCUGGGAUCAGGCGCUUUUGGCACAGUGUACAAGGGUAUCUGGGUUCCAGAAGGGGAGACAGUAAAAAUCCCUGUGGCCAUUAAAAUCUUGAUUGAAACAACUGGACCUAAAGCCAAUGCAGAAUUCAUGGAUGAAGCCCUAAUUAUGGCUAGCAUGGAUCAUCCCCACCUGGUUCGUCUUCUGGGAGUGAGUCUGAGUCCCACCAUUCAGUUGGUUACCCAGUUGAUGCCUCAUGGAUGCCUUCUGGACUAUGUGCAUGAACACAAAGAUAAUAUUGGCUCUCAGCUUCUUCUCAACUGGUGUGUCCAGAUAGCAAAGGGUAUGAUGUACCUAGAGGAACGUCGCUUAGUACACAGAGACCUUGCAGCCCGGAAUGUGUUGGUCAAAUCUCCUAACCAUGUAAAGAUCACAGACUUUGGACUGGCCCGUCUUCUAGAGGGAGAUGAAAAAGAAUACAAUGCAGAUGGGGGAAAGAUGCCGGUGAAGUGGAUGGCGCUGGAAUGUAUUCACUACAGGAAGUUCACCCAUCAGAGUGAUGUCUGGAGUUAUGGUGUCACUAUAUGGGAACUGAUGACCUUUGGAGGCAAGCCUUAUGAUGGAAUUCCAACUCGGGAAAUCCCUGAUCUUCUAGAGAAAGGCGAGAGGCUUCCUCAGCCACCUGUCUGCACCAUUGAUGUCUACAUGGUUAUGGUGAAAUGUUGGAUGAUCGAUGCUGACAGUCGCCCCAAGUUUAAGGAGCUGGCAGCUGAAUUCUCAAGGAUGGCGAGGGACCCACAAAGAUACCUUGUAAUACAGGGUGAUGAUCGGAUGAAACUCCCCAGUCCCAAUCACAGCAAGUUCUUCCAAAAUCUUCUGGAUGAUGAAGAUCUAAAAGAUAUGAUAGAUGCUGAGGAGUAUCUUGUCCCCCAAGCCUUCAAUAUCCCACCUCCCCUUUAUACCUCCAGAGCACGUAUUGACUCCAACAGGAGUGAAAUUGGACACAGCCCUCCUCCUGCCUACACCCCUAUGUCAGGAAAUCAGUUUGUAUACAGAGAUGGAGGCUAUACCACUCAAGAAUCUGUGACCCUGCCAUACAGACCAGCUGCGUGUCCCAUACCAGAGGUUCCUACAGUGCAGGGUGCCACUGCAGAAGCCUUUGAAGACACUUGCUGUAAUGGAACUCUUCGUAAACAAAACACAGAACGGGUUUCAGAGGAAAGCAGCCUACAGAGGUAUAGUGCCGACCCCACUGCAUUUGUAAGAGAGCGCAACUCACGUGGUGUAGUAGGAGAAGAUGGUUACAUGACUCCUAUGAAAGAGAAGCCCAAGACAGAUUACUUGAGCACAGUGGAAGAGAAUCCUUUUGUUUCCAGGAGAAAAAAUGGCGACCUUCAAGCUAUGGAUAAUCCUGAAUACCACAAUGGACCCAGUGGGCAGCCAAAGUCAGAAGAUGAAUAUGUCAAUGAGCACCUUUAUCUUAAUUCCUUUGCAAAGCCCAAGGAAAAUCCUGAAUAUCUGAAAAACAAUGGACUUACUGUGCCAGAAAGAGCUAAGAAGGCAUUUGAUAACCCAGAAUACUGGAAUCAUAGCUUGCCACCUAGGAGCACCAUCCAGCAUCCAGAUUACCUGCAUGAGUACAGCACAAAAUACUUUUAUAAGCAGAAUGGACGCAUCAGGCCAGUCGUGGCUGAAAACCCAGAAUAUCUGACCGAAUUCACUCUAAAACCAGGCACCGUCCUUCCCCCUCCUCCCUACAGGCACCGGAACACUGUUGUGUAGGAUUUUCAGUAUUAUGAAAAUAGGGAGAAAUCCCUAUUCUAUUUGGAUACUUUGAGCCCUCUUUAAGAGCCACCUUACUUACUCAGGUGUGCUUCUCCAUGCCAGAUCACAUACAUAAGAAGGUUAAAGAAUGCUAUAGAUUUUGUAUUAAUAUUAUUUAUUGAGGAGAGCACUUGAUGAAGUAUCCAGACUGGCAGCUUGCUCUCUGUGGAUUGGGACAGCAUUUGACUGUCAUAUAAUGACUAAGUACUGGUGGAAGCUCUAUGAAGCAGAAGUACUUUGUAUACUUGCCUUUUAUGUUCCUACAGCACAUAGUACAGAGUUUUUCAGCUCAAGUUACCAUAUCAUAUAUGUCAACGAGUUUGAGCCCUAACACUUGUUUCUUAUUUCAAGACCAUUCAAAACUGUCUUCCACUGCCAGUUCCUGCCAUCAACUAGGUCUCACUAAUCAAUAACAAUAAUAUUUAAGUAUUCGGAGGAUAUGGUGUUCGAAUUGUUGAUGCUGUUAUCCUUAUUCUUUUCCAGAACUCCAGAACUUAGGUUUGCUUGUUACAGCUUAAUAAGAAUAUAUUAACUUGGUUAAAAUAUCUUGCCCAGAGUAUUUGUUAGGAUCUAAAAGGUGAAACGAUACAGUUCUUCUGCUUCAUACUUGAAGGACUUGUUGGUGAUGAUCAUAAAGUCUAUGGGAAAGACUAAACCCUACUUGUCCCAUUUUGAGGAUGAUGUGUCAUGCCAUUAAAGUUUCAAGAUGUUCUCAAAUAUGUAUACAGUCUAUGGAUAUAAGCUGGAAAAGGAUAUAAGAUAUAUUUCUUUAUUUUUCUGAUUCGUCCAAGAAGUCCUAAUAAGCAGAUGCAAGCAACAGUGAUGUACAAAAAUCAAGCUAAUGUUUAUAUUUUUUAUUUAUUAAACCCCCCGUGAAUUCAUCAGUAUCACAUUGUAUGAUAAAAGAAGGAAUAUAGCCUCCAAUAUGCAUAUCACCAUUGUUUAAAUAUUCAUCUCAUGAUACAAUGCAUCUCCACCACUGGCAAUAGAAAAAGCCUAACUAAGGAUACUGGAGAAGAAAAUGAGCAAAGUUCCAUCCUCUUGAUCUGAAGUCUUGCCUGCAGUAAAUGUGACAUAGGUGUUUGUAGCCAUAUGCUUUUGUUUAAAUAUUUCUUCUGUACCUUCACCAGCUGAAAUACCACAGACUGGUCAACAAUGAGAGAAGGAAGACUUGAAAAUGGAGAUGGCACUUGCAUAUUUUUGAACAGGAAGAAGUUUCAGCAGUUAGCCAGUGGGAAUUACAAGUGAACUGUAAUGGAAAUUAAUGCAGCAGGGAAUUGCAGACUUUAGAAAGUCAGUUUUGCACUUAAAUGGUUAUUUUUGUCCUUUGACAGACUGUUGUUGUGUUUUUUUAUAUACUUUUUUUAGUUGUUUUUUUGCUUGGAUUUUGAAUGAAGCAAUAUGAAAGCAACCAGCAAAUUAAAUGACAAACACAAGAAUAUGGACAUGCCAAAACAAUUCUCUGUAAAAAAAAAGGUUACCGUACUUUUCUUGAGUAUAAGCUAUAGAAUUAUACAUUAUGUAUCAGGUUAGUUGGGAUUUUACAGGUUAGAUUGCCUGAUAAUGGGAAUUUGAAAUGUUCAGUUAUGAAAAACAUUGUAACUAAAUAAUCAGAACUGGAGAAAAUGAAAAUUAGUGUUAGUGUCCAUAGCGAUCAAUCAGUUUAGCUGCUUUGGAAAAAUUAGAAAUACCUACUUUGAAAAACUCAGGCCCAGCAGUUAGUUAUCACUUUUGAGAUCUGUAUAUCUCAUAUAAAUGGAGAUGGUGUAGGUACUACAUGGGUCUUCGUGAAGCUUGCCUCUUAUGGUUGAGGACAUGAAUAUUUCCAUUCAACGUAUACCACAUUCUGUCUUUUGGGGGUUAAUGAACUGUAUUACAGACAAAGAUUGGUCUGAUGUAGGCUGCUUCACUUUUUAAGAACCUCACAAUGAAAAGUUGCAGCUAGUAUAUCUUUCUUUAAUGGAGCAGUAGAGUUCCUCCAAAAAAGGAACUGAGAACAAUGCUAUUUCAUGAACAGAAUAACUGUGUUUGGUAAAAAUUUUGUUCUACCAACAUUGUAGUUUAAAUUUACUUUAUGAAAACAUUUUUUUUUGUGGGGGGGGGGGGUAAAUAUAUUAGAAGCACAGACAAAUAUAUAUUGUAUGCCUCACUUUUUUAUGUUUCUGUUUUUGUUUUGUUUUGUUUUUUGGGUUCUUUUUUUUGUUUUCUCUGUUUUGCAUAUAUGAAUGCCAUAUUUCCAUGCAAUCUGUCUUUGUACUUUGUGUAGAAAUGUGAGUACAUGUAUUGUAGUAUUACAGUGUUACAUAUACAUUUAUGAAUCUAUGUGAAAAUAAAAUCACAUAGAUGCAUAAAAUAAUAAUCAUAUCCAUGCUCCAAUUGCCAAAUAGUUCAUGAGUAAAUGGACUGUGUGCUGGCAACUAAAACUGCAUGUUUUUAUGGUGUAGCUAAGAACCUCCUUAAAUCCAAUCUAGAGUGAGGAUUUUAGAGGAUACUGGUAACUUUGUGGCAGUUUUGCAGCUAACAUUCUCAUAAAAUAAAAUAAUAUCCCUGCAUUUAAAUAAAGUAACGGGAAAUGGCCAUAUUAUUGUAAAAUAUAUCGACUCACAAUGAAAAAAGAACUCUGCUUUUUGCUCCUGAGUUGCAUACAUACUUUGUAGAUUCUAAUUUCGAGUAAGGAAGAAAUUUAAGGAGCAAUACACAAUAUAUAUUUUGGCACAAUUGGAAGAGCCCAUUAUCUGCAACUUAUACUCAAAACAAAUCUCAAAUUAAUGUUGAGGACAAGAUACGGGACGAUACGGUAGUGUCAAACAAUGGUUUCCACGCUCAUUUAUGUAUGCAUACAUUUCUCUGCAUUAACACUGCCAGCUGCCUAGCACCAUUCUUCUUGAAGAAUGUCUUACUACUAGUGGAAUCCAUGAUAAAAGGGUAUUGGAUUUGUUCAGAAGGGUUAAAUGGAAUCUCUCUCCCACCGGACAGAUUCAUGUGGGUUCAAUAAUAGAUACUCUCUCUCUCUCUCUCUUCUAAGGGUAAACAACAAAAGUCCUUGGAAAGGCUUGCACUCUGGAUCUAUUAGACAUGAAUAAUAUGGAAUUCCAAGGUACAAAUACUUUUUAUCAUUUAAAAGGUGUUUGGAAUUUAAGUGCACCCAGUGAAAUCAAUGUCAGUCAUGUAGUGCAGUAAUGCUCUGCACUGAUAUCACAAUAUUAUGUAGCAUUAACAAGUACUGCUGUAAAAUGGGUCGACUAAGUAAUACAAAUAGCAAUGGAAGAAUCUGCAAUGAUUGAUUGCAUAUUCUUCCACGUGGGAAUUAAACAGAGCAGCUCUAAGUAAGAAUGGCAGCUAAAUAUGAAAGCUAAGCAUCUGAUAAAUAACGAAAAUCCCUUCUUAAUAUGAUAAUGUUGAUGAUCAUAGGGGAAAGAUGUGAUCCCUAUACCUAAGACCUAAAGACUAAAAUAUAGGGAAUCAACUCACCUCACUGAAAUUAUAAUCAACCAUAUAUUUGAUUGCAUGUUUUCAACCAUAGUCCUAAAUAGAACUCUGAUACCAAGCUUUAAAGAGUGACAAUUCUAUAAUUUUGCCAAAAGUUCCAAAUGUAUUGAGAUUAAAAUGAAAAUGGUAAUAUCUGGCUUCUAUAUUGAUACAAGGUGAACAACCAAUUGAAAGGCACAUUAGACCUGCAGGCUUAUGACUUUCUAGAAAUCUAGUAGGAAAUGCUAAAGACUUUGGUUUAGCAAAGUGAAGUUGGUGCUAGGACAUAUGCAAACAAGCAGGCUUCAGGGUGGUCCACACUUCCCGCAUUCACAACUAGGUGUGUGUUCAGCUUGCAGCUGAAAUGUAUAUACUAUUCAUUGUGAAACACAUUAGAGAUCUUUCAGGUGUACCCUGUUAAAAUAUAAUAGAUGUGUUUGCAUCUAAUGCAGUUGUGCCAUCAUUGGUUGAUUUGUUGAGGGAAGUAGGUGCUAGGUAGGGCUGUUCAGCCUAUUGCUCCUGUGACCCUUGCUAAGAUGGACAUAAUAAAAAAAGCUGAUGAUAAAUAAAGGUAGUAAUGAUGAUGUUAUCUACCGUUUUAAUAUUCCAAAUAAAA